AUGUCCGAAGCUACUUCUCGUUUCGGCCAGUUUCCCUCUCUAGCCAACCUUCUAUACUAUACCUCGUUUACAUCAACCCAUCAACCACCACACGACCAUCCCAACCGUCGCAACCCAACAAACUCCAUCCAAUUCCUCCAAAUACAACGCCGCACCGCGUUAACUCCAAUCAAAAUGCCUUUCACUUCCUCCAAGUCAUCUACAAAGACCAUGUCUAGCGCCGCAUCUACAACCUCCACAAUCUCAACAGCAUCGACCCUCAAGGGAGCCGAUGCCGCGUCAAAGAAGAAGUGGUUCUCCCUGCUGCCCUCGAAAACCACAACCGAAUACAAGCCCAAGUCCGACGCCUAUCAGGCCCAGGAGGCUCUUCACCAUGAGGCUGUUGCAACCUAUCUGGCCUUGCGUUAA